UUUUAUGAGAAAUAUUUAUAGUUGGUGUAAUGUUUCUGUUCAUGACAAUGACUACGUUGAGCAGUUCUAUUUGUUCAGAGAUACUACUAGUGCCUGUUAUGUCAUAAGAAGCUUACCUUUAUUACAAACUUGUAGAUUUUCUAUUACUUUUCACAUCCACCAUAACUUACAGUGGUCACCCUUUCUCUCAUCAAAAUUUAAAAUGUAGACCCUUGCUUUAAGGGGCACAGAAUAAAGUAUUAUUUCUAGAGGCUUCCUUGGUUGGUCCCAGUUUUGUUCACUUGGGGUUCUGCUGGGGAAGAACAGAUGGGAAAAGUGCCUUCCAAGUCUUGAUAGCUCACACGUGCUUCAGCUGCCCUCAGAGCUCCUCCUCUGAGAUGGAAUGGGAACAGGCCUGUAGGUAUCCCCAGAAGAACAGCAGCCAGGUAUAUGUCACAAGGAAAACAUGCAGAAGCUAGAGAACUGAUGUAUUCAGGGGCUUUGCUGUUCUUUAGUCAUAACCAGCAAAACAGUGCUGCUGAUCUGUCCAUGCUGGUUUUGGAGUCUUUGGAGAAAUCGGAUGCAAAAGUAGCAGAUGACCUUUUGGAAAACUUGGCAAAAUUGUUUAGUUUAAUGGAUCCAAAUUCUCCCGAAAGAGUGGCUUUUGUAUCCAGAGCACUCAAAUGGUCUAGUGGGGGAUCAGGAAAACUUGGACACCCAAAACUACACCAGUUACUAGCAAUUACCCUUUGGAAAGAGCAAAACUAUAGUGAAUCUCGGUAUCACUUCUUGCACUCCACAGAUGGCGAAGGAUGUGCAAAUAUGCUAGUAGAAUACUCCUCGUCCAGAGGAUAUCGCAGUGAGGUGGACAUGUUUGUAGCACAGGCGGUACUACAAUUUCUCUGCUUAAAAAAUAAGACCAGCGCAUCAGUUGUUUUUACGACAUACACACAGAAACAUCCUUCAAUAGAAAAGGGUCCACCCUUUGUUCAACCACUGCUAAACUUCAUCUGGUUUCUGUUAUUGGCAGUUGACGGAGGAAAACUAACAGUAUUUACAGUAUUGUGUGAACAGUAUCAACCUUCACUGAAAAGAGAUCCCAUGUAUAAUGAGUACCUAGAUAGAAUAGGACAACUUUUCUUCGGUGUUCCGCCCAAGCAAUCAUCGUCCUACGGAGGAUUACUAGGAAACCUCUUAAACAGUCUGAUGGGAACUGGAGAAGAUGAUGACACAGAAGAUGGUCAGGAAGAUAGCAGUCCUAUUGAGCUCGACUGAAUGUUGUCAUUGGGUGCCGUGUAAAUCUGAUGAUUCGAUGACUCCAAAGACAGUUUUGGAAUUUGAAUCCUGCAGUUGUUUCUUGGCGCCUAAAAGGGCUCCUCCGGUCUUUUAGAAAUGGUUGCUGAAAUGUUUAUAAUGUUCGGUCUAUAUUAUUUAUGUAAAAAAAGAAAGAAACCAACAAAAAGUAGCCAAAUGAACCAAUCGGAGCAAUUGUUAGCAGGUUUCCGAUACAGCAGCUGGUGACUUUGAUUAAAAUAUAGUCUUCUACGGUUUCUGAUGCAGUAUUCCCUUUUGCACAGUAAUUCAAUAAAGCAUAAAUAUGGGUCUUGUACUUCACGGCCUACCCAAUACUGUCUUUGUUGCAAGAAUGCUUCCUUGACCUCUGCCACCUCCAAGGAAGAUCUUGAAAGGCAGGGUGAUCAGUUGAAUAAUUUAUUUGUGAGGCUGGUGCCAAAAGUACUGCGAGACGAGCCAAGCAGCAUAAUUUGAGAUGCACAUCCAAGAGACGUUGAUACCAAGAACUCGCUUCCACUGCCGUGACUAACAUGCACGCCAUUCGUACUGCCUUUCACUCGACUUAAGGUCUGGUUCUGGCUGAGCCCAGGUGUAUGUUUAGCCGAUACUUCCUGAAAAGCACAAGAUUGAAUUGCUCUCGAGUAAAAGCCUGUCAGUGGAGCAUAGGUAAUUAGCUUCCAUGUGGAUCUCUCUUGCCUAGGUAUAAAAAUUUGGCAUCUAAAAUACCUCCUCUGACUUGUGGCUCUACUCCUUUGGAACAGAUUCUAUUUCGGUGUAAGUUCACAACCAUACGUAAAGGCAACGGUGUUAAGUGAAUGAAAUGAUAUGAUUUGCCGUAAGCAAUGUAUGUGUUUGAACUGCAGCUGUAUGUAAAGAAAAGGGAUACUGCAGAACUUUUGGUUCUUUAUGAUAUAUUUAUUUUUCUUGGGUGAUUGAUUCAUUUAACACUUUCUGUAAAAGAAUAAAUCAAUGAAUAAUGGAGUAACUUCAACCCCAGUGGUAGGCAUAGCCAUUCUACAUCUCCUCUUUAAUGCAGCACAGUGGAUGUCAGUGGUACAGUGAACAGAUGAAAUGGUGGGGAAACGCUUUAUUUUUUCACGAUGAAAAUAAAAAGGCUUAGAUUAAUAAACAGCAAUCAUGCAUGGGGGAGGGAGGGAUUAAUACAAAUUUAUUGACUGUAUGAAAAAGAAAAGGCAUUGAAAAGAAGACUUUGUGUUAAUUGUGAAGUCUCAAAUAAACACUUUAUACCAGGA